GGGCAAAAGAGGAAGUCGGAAUCACAAAGGAUAGCAAAGGGGACAAGUUUCAGGUUUCCAAAGAGGAAGAGAAAGCCAUUGGAGGGAGCACUCAAGAGCUGGAGCAGGCGCUGCAAAGCUUCGACUUGAAAGUCACGAGCUUCCAGGAGGCCCGGCUGCGAGAUGGCAAGGCUUCCUUGGGUUUGAAAGUGGAGAUCAACUCCAUCAAGCAGGUGCACCAACUGAGGGACAGAGUCCUCAGUGGAGAUCUGGACACGUGCUUGAACGCCGCGUUUGCCAAGCUGGAUCCAAGCUGCCAAGAGCUAGUGGUGGAGAAGCGGGAGUUCUUCGACUUAUAUGAGAACACGAUCCUGAGCUUCACGGAAUUCACGCCCCACCAGUUGGAGAAGCUCAAAGAGAUGGAGGCUGCAAAUACUGACUUGCAUCUGCAAGCCCCAGCUGGUGCUGGGAAGACGUUCGUUGCGGUUCAGUACAUGCGUCGCAUGAUGCGGGUAUCUUCAACAUCCACUGUUUGCUACGUGGCACCCAGCCAAGCCCUGGCUUUUUUCGCGCUGCGAUGGCUGGUCCUGUUAGCGCCCUCCAAGAUGUCCAGCAUCUUGAGCAAGAUGACGGUCAUGCACGCGCCGUAUAGAAGCUUUUGGUAUCCAGUUGUUGACGGCCCUCGCAUCUCUCUGAAACCCGUGAAGAAGAUGCCUGAGAUUUGCCUGCUGGUCAUUGAUGAGGCGCACAAGGUCAGUGCGGAACAAGCUUCAAUUUGGGAGCUCCCCGCGAAGCAGCGCCUAGUCCUGUCCGACCUAUCUCAGUCGAGGAAUCUUCAGCACUUCUUCCCGGACAUGCGCACCGUGCAACUAACUGAAGUGAUCCGAGGUAGCCAAAGGAUCACUGCUGCUGCCCGCACCUUUCAAUUGUCAGAGGCAGCGCGUUCCGUAGCUGCGGUAGGCACGGAUGGCCCGCCGGUAAAGACAUACAUUUUUGAAACUGGUGAGGGCACCGAUCCACUGAAUGAGUACAUCUCACACACCCUCAAAGCCCUGUGGUACGUUGUGGAGAGCCUGCCAUCGCGUUUGAGCCUUCACGGCCGCGUGGCGCUGCUGGUGCCGGGCGAAAGCUUCCGAAGAAGGCUGGAGGCGCCGCUCCAAAAGCGAUUGGCCAUGGAGUUCAGCCCACGGAACAUUCGCUUGGCGUCUUCUGCCGAUUUUUGGCAACUCUUGCCGGCACACCUGAUGCCCUUGCCCGACACAGAAAGGCCAGAAGAGUUUGUCAUCCUGGACACUGUUGAGAAGUCCACAGGGCUUGAGCACCUCGUUGUGGUGUGCGUUGGCCUGGAUGAGGUCCUUGGAGCCACUGACCAAGAGACGCGAGCCAGGCUCUACGUGGGCCUCACCCGUGCCCAGCUUCUGGCCGUAGUCGUGAACGAAUAUCUGCCAGGCAGCUGGCUUCAGUUCGUGACCACCCUGCGGCUGAACAAGCGGUUCCAGAAGCGCCUGGCCUCUGCUGAAAUCCGCAAGCGCGCGGCCACGGAAGUUGUAACCCAAUCUGCGCCACGAGUUACAUCGACAGGGCGUCGAGCGGGUGGUUGGUUUGCUCGCGUCCGCAUACCUGGUUUGUGCUGUCUGCCGCCGUGGCGGUCAAGGAAAGUCUCCCGGAUCUCUGACGCGUCCCGGCCUUCAUAG